CUGAUGUUGAUACUAAAGUCCCACAACCCUCAACUCCCCCUCUAUUUAUUCCCCCUCAAAACACCUCUCCAAUUCCUCACCUUUCCUUUCCAGCCCUGCCAAUCUUCUUAAAUUUGGAAAAAUGGCUCUUAUUGGGAUCAUGUUAGCAGGAUUCCUCUCAAUGGUCUUAUCUGUUGACGGGUAUUAUUGGGGUUGGUCCAAUGCUCAUGCCACUUUCUACGGGGGAGGUGAUGCUUCUGGCACGAUGGGGGGUGCUUGUGGGUACGGGAAUUUGUACAGCCAGGGGUAUGGAACAAACACAGCAGCACUGAGCACUGCUAUGUUUGAGAAUGGGUUGAGCUGUGGGGCCUGUUAUGAGAUCAAGUGUGUGAAUGAUCCAAAGUGGUGCCUCCCCGGCACGAUCACCGUCACGGCCACGAAUUUCUGCCCACCGGGGGGUUGGUGUGACCCUCCAAACCUCCAUUUUGAUCUCUCCCAGCCUGUCUUCCUCCACAUUGCUCAGUACAGAGCUGGGAUUGUCCCUGUGGCUUUCAGAAGGGUACCCUGCAGGAGAAGGGGAGGCAUUAGAUUCACAAUCAACGGUCACUCCUACUUCAACCUUGUCCUAAUAACUAAUGUUGGUGGAGCUGGUGAUGUGCAUUCUGUGGCAAUCAAGGGCUCAAGAUCUCCCUGGCAGUCCAUGUCAAGGAACUGGGGGCAGAAUUGGCAGAGCAAUUCUUACCUCAAUGGCCAAAGCCUCUCUUUCAAGGUGACCACAAGCAACGGCCGCAGUUUGGUCUCUUACAAUGUUGCCCCUGGUGGUUGGUCCUUUGGGCAGACAUAUUCCGGAGGGCAAUUCCGGUAGAACAUUUUAUUCAACUUCCCCUUUGAUCGCUAUAGUGUGGAAAGGGAAUAUAUUUUAGAAUCACCCUUUUCAUAAGUGACUAUGAGAGAGAGAGAGAGAGAGAGAGAGAGGUUUCUAGCUCUAUGAUUUUAUUAAAUGUAUACUAGUAUUAAGAGUUUGGAGUCUUUGGACUAUGGAAGUUCUUGAAACGCUCUGUUUGGCUUAAUAAAUGAGUAAUUGUAAUCAGCAUUAGGUGAAUAUGGCCUACAUUUGUCCUA